ACUAUACUGUAAUGGGACUUAUUUUUGCACGCUUUUCCUACUUCCUAAGCUGACGCACACAUCCCCAUCAUUUUACUGCGCAUCCAAUCCGUAAUGGAUCCUGUCUUAGCAGUGAUUCGUCACCCAAACAGAGCAAAGAAAAUUUAUAUAUCUACCCUCGCUAAUGGGUCAAGCUGCGACCUGGAGGUGUACAGAAAAUCAACAGAUUUGGUAUAAUAUCACACAUGGUGAAACGAAAAUAUAAUUGAUGACUUACUUAAUAAUAAUCAAUUAAAAAUGAGAUAUGCACAACUUGUAAUGGGACCAGCUGGCAGUGGAAAGUCCACGUAUUGUUCUGCUAUGCAACAACAUGCAGCCAACGAAGGAAAAGUGAUUGAAAUAGUAAAUUUAGACCCCGCAGCUGAAUAUUUUGAUUAUGAACCUUUAGUAGAUAUAAGAGAAUUAAUUCAAUUAGAUGAUGCCAUGGAGGAUGAUGAAUUACGAUUUGGACCCAAUGGUGGUCUUGUGUUUUGCAUGGAGUACUUGUUAGAAAAUUCAUCGUGGCUAGAAGAAAAGUUAGGAGACGUGGACGAUGAUUAUAUUAUUUUUGAUUGUCCUGGUCAAAUAGAAUUAUACACACAUAUGACGGUUAUUCGCCAGUUAAUAACAGUAUUACAAAAUCUCAAUUUUCGUAUGUGUGGAAUUUUUCUAAUGGAUAGUCAGUUUAUGAUUGAUGGAUCAAAAUUUCUGUCUGGUACAAUGGCUGCGCUUAGUGUUAUGAUUAAUUUAGAAUUAUCACAUAUUAAUAUCCUUAGUAAAAUGGAUUUAUUAUCUAAAUCUGCGCGGAAACAAUUAGAUAAGUACUUAGAACCUGAUCCGCAUAGUUUAUUAACAGAUAUGCAACAAGAUUCUUGGAAUGAAAAAUAUCGAAAUCUCACAGAGGCUAUAGGAAGACUUAUAGAAGACUAUAGUCUUGUACGUUUUUAUCCAUUAAAUAUAAGGAAUGAAGAAAGCAUGGCAGAUAUUAAACUAACUAUUGAUAAUAUUAUUCAAUAUGGUGAAGAUGCUGAUGUUAAAAUUAGAGAUUUUGACGAACCAGAGAAUGACGAUGGAGAUGAAAAUUUGUAAAAUAAUUCUAUUUAAUAAAUUAUUUUUAUAAAAUGUU